UUUUAAUAGCUUUGUCAUGUGAUGGAAAGCAGUUGUAAGACAGGUGCCCUCGGUUCAUUCUCGGCGAGGGGCAGCAGUUGCCUGUGUGAGAGCGAGUGGGAAGCGUGUGUGGAUUUCUUUUUUACUUGAUUUCUUUCUUUUUUUUCCUUUCUUUUUUUUUUUUUUUUUUUCAAAUUUUUCCGGACCGUCAUUCAGUGGCUGGAUGGCGUGGGACAGGUGUAACCAGGACUCGGUGUGGAGAGAAUUAGAGGUGAGCGCAUCUAAAAACAUGACUUCUUUCAUCUUUCUAGCCCUCUCUGGACUUUCUUUUUUCGCCUGGAACGAUGGACAACACUGACUAUCCGAGGCAGUGAUUUGCACAUAAGUCUGCGCUCUCUUCUCCUCUGCUGCUGGCGCUGGCGUGCCGGUGUAGUGCGCGUCUGGACACAGUUGAGGAUGCGGGGGAUAUACAACACGGGAAUAUAUGACAAGCGGAGGGAAUGUGCGGGGUCUCCCUUUUCAUCUCAGUUAAAGAUGUAGUUGUUGUAAUGCGUGCACAGGCUCGGGACCAUCGCUUUCCUCAUAGGAUCUCUGUUCAGUCGGAGCGAGUGCUUGCAAGCUGUCGGAUAUCUUUCCAGCCGCGGACUGGACGCGCUCCGGUGGCGAAAUGACUGAAAUGUCUCAAAGUCAGGUAUUUCGCUGACGAAUGAAGUCCACUGACGAUAACAAUCCCUUUGAUGUGCUGUGUCGGGGUAGAGCUUAUUAUUUUCAAAGGCAAGAGCAAAGGUUGUCCACAGUGACGGACCGCUGUCUGGCACUGCGCAGGAGCAUCGUAACACUAACGGCACCGAGCACUGCCAACAUCCCGGCCGGAGGAGCACUGGCUUGAGAGCAACAUCUCAUCCAGCCAGAUUUGAUCAUAUUACAUUUGUGCGAAUUUCAUUUGAUCUCCUGCGUAUUUUUUCUUUGGUUAAACGUCUUUCUGCAAGCAAUUAACUCCCAUUUGCUCCCGUCAUCGUUGUUUUUUUUUUUUUAAAUGUAGUUUACCGCUUAGUUCUUGCUGUUCUGAUUAAAGUGCAUCCAGAUAAUAAAGCACAUCAAAAGGAUACUUGUUCGUCCCCCUUUUUUAUUCCUUUACCGAGCUCGCCCUGCUUGUUCUAGACAUUCAGGUCUACCUGGCUAUAGUUAGGUACUUGCAUGCAGGAGCUCAGUGAUGCUUCAGGACUGGUUUUCACAGUGUAACUACAUGAUAUGACUGCAGUCUGGGCUGCAUGUAUGUGCUUAUCUGGGCUGCGUGAUGAGAAUAUGAGAGAGAAAACUGCCAUUAGCCAGAGUAAAAGUAAGGAUCUGUUAUUGCCGAUCAGUUUAGGGAUUGCUUUGCAUUCAGUGGGCGCCCCUUUGCACUUUAAUCACCGAGGUAUAGACAUGCUCUUUCACUUUAUCCAGGUAGGCUUCAGGAGCGUCUCCUUCACCGUUUGGACCGCGAUAGCGUUUAGUUGAUCUGUCAGUCAAACAAAUGGACGCGUUUUCUUGAAUGUCCCUGUUCGACUCGUUUUACGUGAUGCGUGUAGACUCAUAAAAGAAACCCUUGCUCUUCCGAUGGCACAGCUGUCACCCAAGAUCUCGGUUCUUCCUCUGAUAAUCUUCCCCUACCAGGUGCUUUUAUGUGCAUGCGUGCGUAAAUCACCGGAGCGCUGUGGUGGAUCGCCCUCAUUUUUCUGUCUGGCGGCGCUAUUUCAUUAGAAAACCAAAAAAGUCCGUGAGAUAAUUGGGAUUAGGACGUCCGGCUUCUGAAUAUGGGAAAAAUCUUUGCUACUGUUUUGGGUUUUUGUUUUGUUUUUUUUCAAUCAUUCCGUGCCUUGUCAGACCGGAUCAUCGCAGGGGGAAGCCUAAGACGCAGUGAAUCUGUCCCUUUCGUUGUUGCGGUUGAAACAUAACGGAUUUGUCUCACCAUAGUCUUAAGUCAUCCUGUAUUCGUGUUGGUGCGACAGAUGAGCAGUGACACCGGUGUCUGGGCGGUUUUUCCUUCUUGGCACAGCAUCCUUCUUCCAGCUUUGCCCUGAGCCGAACCCGACUCUCAUCCUUGCUCACGCUGAGGGCCAAAUACCUCCCGGCUUGGCCCGCGGAAAUCUAUCAUGUAUCUGUCUUAAGGCCAUCUUGUAACGUUCAUACAACGUGCUGUCAACAAAAUUAUUGUGUAGCCUAAUAGCUAGUAGACUAAAGCUUUAUUUAUUUAUUUAUUUUUCUCAAGCUUGGAUUUUCAUGUGCACACUCACGGAGUGUAAACACGCCUCGACUCUGGUGUGUUUUGCCUUUUAAUGAUCUGACUGUACAUCUCAAAGUUGGCAUGGACAAACAGAGAAAGUGUGCUGCCUUGGUCGGCGAAGACCAGCCCCUCUGCCCGGACCUCCCUGAACUCGACCUCUCAGAGCUGGACGUCAGUGACUUAGAUGCAGACAGCUUCCUGGGUGGCCUCAAAUGGUACAGUGACCAAUCAGAGAUCAUUUCUGCUCAGUAUGGCAACGAGGCGUCCAAUCUCUUUGAGAAGAUAGAUGAAGAAAAUGAGGCCAACUUGCUGGCAGUGCUUACAGAGACCCUGGACAGCAUCCCGGUGGAUGAGGACGGAUUGCCUUCGUUUGAGGCCCUGGCAGAUGGGGACGUGACCAAUGCCAGUGACCGGAGCUGUCCCUCCUCCCCUGACGGCUCGCCACGCACCCCAGAGCCCGAGGAGCCUUCCUUACUGAAGAAGCUCCUUCUGGCACCCGCAAACUCCCAGCUCAGCUAUAAUCAAUACACAGGUGGCAAGGCACAGAACCAUGCAGCCAGCAGCAACCACCGGAUCAGACCACCACCUGCCGUCGUCAAGACGGAGAGCCCCUGGAAUGGUAAAGCAAGAGGGGGCUCCAGCCAACAGAACCGCCCGGUGAGGCGGCCCUGCACUGAGCUGCUGAAAUACCUAACGGCCACCGAUGACAUCCUGCUCCACACCAAAGCCAGUGAAGCCAAGAGCACCUGGGGGGGUGCCAGUAGCAGAGACAAGAGUGGCUUGGGUCUUGGCGCGUCUUCCUCCUCCUCUUCGCCUUCCUCGUCAUCAACCUCCUCGUUCUCCUCCCUCUCUUCCACGUCGUCUUCCUCUUCCUCCACCACCUCCAAGAAGAAGUCAGCUGUACCAUCUCAACAACAACAGCAGCAGCAGCCGCCGCAGCAGCAUCACCAGCGAGGUGAGAGCCGGGCUGCAGGCGAAUGUAGUGUGGCUGGUGUUGGGGCUGGGAAGUGGCAGCGUUGCAGUCACGAUGACGGGUUUGAGGAGUCGGAGGGGGCUUCUAUCCCUGUCGGCCACAGAACCUCCACCUGCGGCCAUGUCCGCCCAAAACUGGAGCACGGGCCGCCCAGUGAAGAAGGAAGGCCGCCAGGCGAUGUGGGCCGCCUGGCCGCCGCUAGGUUUAUUAGGUAUAUGCAUUCAUAUUCUCUCCCUCCCCGAGAGGUGAGUCACAGCUGUGAGCAUUGCCGAGAGGCUGCGGGCGCCACUCAGGCUAGCGAGGGCUUUGGCAGGCAAGGCCGUCGUAAUAGUAAUGGUGCCAGCCGUGCACCCCAUAAGCACAUCACAGUGACUAUUAGGAAAAGAGAUGAGAAGCCGGGGCACCCCUUACUUAGCCAGCUGCUCACCUCAAAACAGAGACCUGCUCACUAUCAAGCCCAUUUACUCCCACCUAAGAUCACCCCUUUACCCAGCACUCUGAGCAAAUCAGCAGGUAAGAGGUCUGAGAGCCCAGGCCAGGCUGUUACAAAGGUGAAGGAUGAAGAGUUGGAGGAUGAAGGGACUCCUGAUUGUAGAAACCGAGCAGUAAGCCAGGUUGAAGAGCCUGACUCAGGGUCCCUGUUGUCACCUCUUGCCUUUGAUCUGGCGAGCUGGGUUAGCCAGCCAGACUCAGGGCUAGACUUGGGCUUUGGACUAGAGCUGGGGUGGCUAAACCAUGGGGAGGAUGUUGACCAUGAUGAUGAUGAUGAUGGUGUUGUUGUUGACGAUGAUGUUGAUGACCAUGUCAUGGGCAGCCCUGCAGCGGUGCUCUCACAAGGCCCACCAAGCCCACUCUUCCCAGAUACUAGAAUUGCAGAGCCCACCCCUCCCUGCAUCAUAGAAGGGCAAGGGCACCUACACAGGCAGGCACUCAGCGAGCACCCCGACGACCAGGGCCACCUGUUGUUAGCCAAACCAACCACCUUGCCACUUCCUUUGACCCCAGAGUCUCCAAAUGACCACAAGGGAUCACCGUUUGAGAACAAAACCAUUGAACGCACAUUAAGUGUGGAGAUUGCUGGAACCCCAGGUCUGACACCACCUACCACGCCCCCACACAAAGCCAGUCAAGAGAAUCCUUUCAAAGCAUCGCUCAAAAACAAGUUGUCUUCAUGUUCCUCCUCAGCCUUGGCAUGCAAAAGAGCCAGGCUGAGCGAGUUGGGCCCCGGCGCUCUGGCCCUGGCCCAAGGUGCCUCAGGCGGGGGUCCGACAAGGAAGGGUCCCGAACAGACUGAGCUUUACGCCCAGCUGAGCAAAGCGUCCACCGCCCUCCCUUACUCUGUCACCCAACACACAGUGCGGGGUGGCCUUGAAGAGCAUCACAGCACUAGCCACAAUAAGCGGGCGGCGUCCCGUGGCUACAGUGACCAUGACUAUUGCCAGGCAUCAGCUAGCACUAAGAAGGAUGGCGGCACCGCCACUGUUACCAUGACUACAGCAGCAAUGACGGUCACCUCAGGUGCCACUUCUGCUCCCAGGCCAACUGCAGGCAAAGUGGAGGACAGGCAUGUCGAAUGUAAGGACUCAGCCAUGCCACAGUCCUCUUCAUCUUCUCUUUCUCCAUUAUCACCUUCAUCUGGUCCUAUGGCUAAGCAGCAGAAUUUUGCCUCUGUGGAUGGAGAAGCAGCCCAGGUCCAGGGCUUAGGGAAGCAGAACCUUACACAAACCACCCAGACCCCAUUACAAGAGGCCACUACUGACGGGGACCAACAGCAUCCUUCUGCCACCAGCCGGAAGCUCCUGCGUGACAAUGAGAUCCGAGCAGAACUCAAUAAGCACUUUGGCCACCCCUUACAAGCCCUUUAUAGCCAGGGUGGCCAUGAGAGAGAACCAGGCGUGAAGCCAGAUAAGGCUGCAGCCCCUCAGUCCCUUGAGGAGGAAAAGGAUGGCUACCGCUCUCAGAGGCAGCCUGGCUCCAGCUACCUGCACCCAGGGUUUCUGCCCUUCCAUGAAGAGCUGGAGCUGGAUGAGGCCCGUGAGAGUCGCUUCCUCUGUCCGUGGGAGGGCACCCCUCUGGACCUACUCUUUGACUGUCCCCCCUGCUCUCCCUCCUGCUCCCCACCAUCCAGCUGCUCCCCUUCACGAGGCUCUGUCUCCCCACCUUCCUCCCUCCUCCUUUCGCCCAGCAGGCCUUUCUGCUGGGCCAGCAGCGGGUCACGCUCCCGUUCUCGUUCCCACUCUGGCUCCCGCAGCUCCUCCUCACACUACCGGAGGCGCUCCCUCUCCAGCUCACCUGACAGACGCCCCUCCUCCUGGUCUCGUCAGAACACAGACUCAAGCACUUUUCGUUCCAGGACUCACAAGAGCCCCCACCCUCAGUGUCGAUCUCCUCUCAGCCGCAGGCCAAGGUAUGACAGCUACGAGGAGUACCAGCACGAGAGGCUGAAGAGGGAGGAGUACCGCCGGGACUUCGAGAAGCGGGAGUUCGAAAGAGCCGAGCAAAGAGAGAGGCAACGGCAAAAAGCAAUAGAGGAGAGACGGGUGGUGUACGUGGGGCGACUGAGGUCCGACUGCACACGGACAGAGUUGAAGCGCCGCUUUGAAGUCUUUGGCGAAAUUGAAGAAUGUGCAGUAAACUUGAGGGACGAUGGGGACAAUUUUGGCUUCAUCAUGUACCGCUACACUUGUGACGCCUUUGCCGCCCUUGAGAACGGACACACCUUACGCAGGUCAAACGAACCUCAGUUCGAGCUGUGCUUUGGCGGGCAAAAGCAGUUCUGCAAAUCACAUUACACAGACUUGGACUCCCAUUCGGACGACUUUGAUCCAGCCUCCACAAAAAGCAAGUAUGACUCCAUGGAUUUUGACAGCUUGCUGAGGGAGGCCCAGCGCAGCCUGAGAAGGUAACCAGUUCAGUGGCACCUGCUGUCUGUCACAAAGAGGGACUUCUGAUACCUCACUGUUCUCGCUUCUUUGACGACGAGACUACCAGAAGUUUUACACUCUAUGUCAUAGAGUAUAUAAGAAUAAGUCUAUAGACCUAUAUCAAUAUAAAUGAAUAUAUCAAAAAUAAAGUUUACAUGAACAUAGCUGCUGAAGAGCUGGGAAGAGACAAUGCAUUCUGGGAAAGCCAGUGAACCCUCAGAACCUGGUGCACAGAUUUGGUGCACUCUACUGCUGUACAACCAUCAGUGAAAGAAGAAAAAAACAUUCACGAUUUUUUUUUCUCCAAGCACUACAAUGCCCACAAUUCUUUGGGAGUGAAAACAUGCAGCUUGUUCAGCCAGAUUUGUUUUCUUUCGCUGUUGAUUUUGUUUUCUUUUCCUUCAAAUCUGGUGUUUGGAUCUAGUGUUACAUUACAAACAAGAACAUAGGGGAUUGUAUCUUGGAGGUAAAAUUCUCAAGGUAACAUUGUUGUCUACAUUUUAAGGAGAAAUGUAGCUGUGUAUUUACAGAUACUAUAAAAAGGAAUAUUUUUGUUUUCUGUACAUAUCGGAUAAAGUUCUUUAUUUGUUACAGCUAUGCACUGUAAAAUGCAGCCUUUUUUAAAAAUGAGGAGAAAAUUUCUUAAUUCAGAAUGUCAAUCUGUAGUAAUUACAAUACUGUAAAACAUAUUGUACACCUACAUGAUGUUCAGAAGACAUGAUAUGAUUGUAAAAAAAAAAAAAGAAAAAGAAAAAAGUCGUGUCCAAUUGCUCAUUU